GAUUUGUUUCAAAGGCGGUAAUUCAGUCGUCCGUGGUGUCAUGCAGUUACCUUCAAUACAUUUCGAUUUGUCAAUGUUCAUAAAUCGCUCUAGUAAAUAAACCAUGACACAAGACGAUAUGAUAUAUACAAUAAUACUUAUAUUGUCCCUGGUUACUGGGCCAUUAGUCCAAAAAUGUGGGAAAUAUCGACCUUGGUUCGCGGCUGUUGUAGGGUUUCUUAUGUUUUUCUGUUUUGCGGGACAAGCUGUAUGGCAUUCACUCCUGACAUCGUCUGUAUUCACAUUGGCCUUUAUUCUUUUUCCUGCAAGAUUUUUGCAUUACGUAGCUGUUGUAUGGUGCUUUGGUUAUUUGGGAUUUUUUCGAACUUGUCACUAUUUCGGAUUCUCUCAGGUUACUCCUGUCGCAAAUAUUGUGCAGCUUUUAUUGACCUUACGUUUAAUAGGUGCAUCAUUUGAAAUAAGUGAUAGUUGGCGAAUAAACAAUCAAUUACAACAUUCUGAUUUGCACCCACAGGAUAAAAGCAAACUUGAACUUCUAAAAAAAUAUAAAUGUAUCGAGCCUUCUCCAAUGAUGAUUAUGUUGUAUGCCUAUUGCUAUAUUGGUUUGUUUACAGGUCCAUAUUACAAUCUGAAAACGUUUGAAGACUUUUGCAACCGGGAUCCUGAAACCGUAAUAACUGCAGAAGAACCUCUUCUUCAACACCUUCAAGAAGCACCUCCAUUCGGUGUAGCUUAUUUAAUACUUUCUCACUUUUAUACUGUUGAUUAUGUACGCACUGCAGAAUUCUAUGAUCGACAUUUCCUGUAUCGAUUUUUUUAUAUGAUGGUUAUUUUCUUUACCUUCCGAAUGCGAAUUUAUUUUGCUUGGAAAAUGUCUGAGUGCGUGUGUAUAUCCGCUCGUUUAGGUGCAUAUCCUAAAUUAUCUGAACCUGAAAAAGGUGAAGGACCAACUAAUCUGCAUGCAUUAGAUUUAUACAUGGAACAACAGGCAGCCAAUGAUGUGAAAUUAAACAGCGUUAUAAACCAGCCCAAUCAUCUUCAUCGUCAUCAAACUUCUGACCCUGUCAAUUCUGUUAUUCAUUCCACACUAAAAAAUAAACCGAAUUUUGAAAUGAAGUCAGAGACAAAUGUAGUAUAUAAUUAUAAUACAAUAUCCAACUUAAGUAUAUGGGGAUGUGAAUUCGCUCCUACAGUACGUGAAUCGAUGAAAUCGUGGAAUUGUUCGGUGCAAUUUUGGUUGGCCAAUUAUUUUUAUAGACGUUGCAAAGCUUCACGAAAUAUACGGACAUUAUGGACAAUGAUGGUUAGUGCCUAUUGGCAUGGUUUACAUGCAGGUUAUUAUUUAUCCUUUCUGGUCAUCCCACUUGCAUUAGUUGGUGAGACAAGUCUAAAAAAUUUAAUGAAUUUAUGCGCAAAUAGUCUACCAACUGGUAGUGUAUCAUUUAUUUCAUGGUUAUUAAAAAUGCGUGUCUUUGAAUAUUGUUGUAUGGGGUUUUUAUUAUUAGACUGGGAGACUACCAUUGCUUAUUGGUCCAGUAUUUAUUUUUGUAUUCAUAUAGUUUUAAUUGGAUUGAUUAUUUUCGACUAUUUUCUACGACUUAUAUUACCAGCUAAAGCAUUUAAAAUUGUAUCUUCAUUAGAUUCAUCUACUGUUUCAUCAUUAUCAUCUGAUAUGUUUGUUGUUAAUAAUGACACAGUUGGUGAUCGAUCAUCAACGCUUCAUUCUCAUCAUCGUCCUAAUUAUAAAUCAAAAAUGUAAAUUAUUGCAUCUACAUAUAUUACAUAAAAAUCUUUAACUAUAAUUUGAUAAUUAUUGAACAAUGAAAAUAGCAUUUUGUGUUUCCCCCUCUUUUUUUUUGAAAAAAAAAAUUGAUUUCAUUAUUUUCAUUUAACAAUGUUUAUUUUAUCCUCUUCAUAGAUAGAGUUAGUCAUUUUUUCCACUCUCUAAGUGUUAUCUUGAUAUUUUUAUUUAGAUGUUAUCACUUUAGUUGUUCUCUGUUUCGUAUUGUCAAUUCAUUUCAUUCUGAUAUUAUCAUUAUUAUUAUUGGGAUUUUACCGCUCUCUUAUCUGAUGUUCACGAAUAUAUAUAUAUAUAUAUGUCCAUCAUGGAAAGCACUGCGAAAUUGUGGCUUUGUAUUUUAUAAAACAACAAUAAUAUCAGUAUCAAAAAGGAUAAUUAUGUGUUGAAUUAUUCUUAUCAGUUACCUUUUUUCUUCUUUUCUUGUAGUAUUUUCUUUUAUAAAAUUUCCUUUCUUCAAAAUACAUUAAUUUGAUACUUACUAAUUUCAAAGAGACGUAUUCUCAAAUGAACAAAUAUGUUUCCUACUAACAAUUUAAUUUGUAUUAUUAUGUUCAGCAAUUAUAUACGCAUACAGUUUUUUUCUGAUUAUCUCUUCUGAUAUAAUAAGAGUUGUUUCAAAUUAUAUGAAGUGGAAAAAAAGAAGAACGAGAAAACUUUGAAAGAAAAGCUUUUUUUACUUUAAAUUUAUUUUCCUCUUUUUUAAAAUUACAAACUUUCAAAUGGAUACUUAUGAAUAACCUUAUGAAAUUACCUAUACAACAUAUGUAUUAUCUGUUCCCUCAGAGAUAAAUAUCUAACAACAAUUUAGUAAAGUUAGUGGAUUUAUUUACUUUGUUCUUUAUCAGAAAAUUAAUACCAUAAGUGUCUUUUUUAAUGUAAGGGGUUAGGAGAGAAUUUAUACAUUUAUUCAUGGUUAUUUACUUAUCGUACAAGAAAUGCUUCGUGUAGAAAAGCAUUAACAAGUUAUAUCGUACAAAUUGGUGUGAUAAUGUUGAUAAAAAUUAGAAAACGGUGACGGAAAAAAGUGUAGGAUGAUCUGGUCAAAAUUUGUAGAGCAACGAUCCAUUUGAAUUACUCCAUCGGACAUUUGAAGCGUCUUCUAUGAUUUUUAUCUCAUUGAAACCAGCCUUCUCAAUUUUACAGGUUUUAAUAUCGUGCCACUGAUUCCGUAAAUUUGCAGAUGCAAUUAAGAAAAGAGGACGGAUGUACGUGAUUUUUUGACGGGUUUUCAGUUGUUCGCUAAAACAAUACAUUUGAUUAUCCAAAUAAUUAACAGUCACAAUUUGAAACUGAAAGUUCAACAAAAAAGCCUUUCAGAAAUUAAUCAUGAUAGCUACUCACAAUAUGGGAAUAUUUCACGAAUUCUUUAAACGUUAGUUGUUUUACAUUCUAACUGUAUGAUUUGGUCAAAUAUCUAAUGGAUAUAAUUUACGUUAUCAAUAUUGGUUGUCUCAUCUGUAGUCUCAUUACUUGAUGGUGAAUCAAGAAAAAGAUAUCACUUUUACUGUUCGAAUAAAACUCAAUUACUUCCGAUGUGUGUACAAAAGAACAACUAGGUUUUAUACCAUAAUUUCUUUAAUUCAUAUGAUGUGGAAACUUAUUUUAUUGAUCAUGUUUGUUGUAUCAGCUGCUGUUCAUCAUUACAAUAUAAUCUUUAAAUAUAAACAGAAAACUGUACAGAUACUUUACAUGACAUGUUAACAAGUUUCCCAUUUUUCUUAUUUUCUUUAUUCCGGAAAUAUGAUGUCAGAUAUGCAUAUAUAUAUCGUUAAGUUGUA